AAGGCUCGGUAAGGGGGUCUGGAUCCGGCUUGAGACAGACUGGGAACUAGGGCUUGAGCGGACUCUUCCCGCUCCCCGACCUCGGGGCGCGGGGCAGCGGGAGAAAUGCGGAGUCCGCGCCCGGGCGACCGCCGCCGCGGCAGCAGCCUCAGCAGCAGCUUCAGCAGCAACACCGGCGGGACAGCGACAGCGGGGGCGGCGCAGGCGCACUGUGCCCCGCGGAGCCUGCAGUUCCCGAGCCCCGUGUGCGGCACCGCCACAGUCUGGGCAGCGGCGGCCGGGGGAGCGCUACUACCAUGAACUGCCUGGUCCUCCUUCCCAGAGCUGCUCAUCCGGGUCGGGCUGGAGACACAGUCAGGGGACCCUGCCAUCGCCGCCGCGCCCCCUCUUCUUUCGGCUCGAUCUUCUCCUCCACCUUUACCUCCUCUUCCUCCACCUUCUCUUCCUGCAUCCCCCCUCCCCCGCCGCGGAUCCUGGCCGCCGCUCUCCAGACCCAGGAUGCCGGGGGGCAAGAGAGGGCUGGUGGCACCGCAGAACACAUUUUUGGAGAACAUCGUCAGGCGCUCCAGUGAAUCGAGUUUCUUACUGGGAAACGCCCAGAUCGUGGAUUGGCCAGUAGUUUACAGUAAUGACGGUUUUUGCAAACUCUCUGGCUAUCAUCGAGCUGACGUCAUGCAGAAAAGCAGCACUUGCAGUUUUAUGUAUGGAGAAUUGACUGACAAGAAGACCAUUGAGAAAGUGAGGCAGACUUUUGACAACUAUGAGUCAAAUUGCUUUGAAGUUCUUCUGUACAAGAAAAACAGAACCCCUGUUUGGUUUUAUAUGCAAAUUGCACCAAUAAGAAAUGAACAUGAAAAGGUGGUAUUGUUCCUAUGUACUUUCAAGGAUAUUACAUUGUUCAAACAGCCAAUAGAGGAUGAUUCAACAAAAGGUUGGACAAAAUUUGCCCGAUUGACACGGGCUUUGACAAAUAGCCGAAGUGUUCUGCAGCAGCUCACGCCAAUGAAUAAAACAGAGGUGGUACACAAACAUUCAAGAUUAGCUGAGGUUCUUCAGCUGGGAUCAGAUAUCCUUCCUCAGUAUAAGCAAGAAGCGCCAAAGACACCACCACACAUUAUUUUACACUAUUGUGCUUUUAAAACUACUUGGGACUGGGUGAUUUUAAUUCUUACCUUCUACACCGCCAUUAUGGUUCCUUAUAACGUCUCCUUCAAGACAAAGCAGAACAACAUAGCCUGGCUGGUGCUGGACAGUGUAGUGGACGUUAUUUUUCUGGUUGACAUUGUUUUAAAUUUUCACACGACCUUUGUGGGACCUGGUGGAGAGGUCAUUUCUGACCCCAAGCUGAUAAGGAUGAAUUAUCUGAAAACUUGGUUUGUGAUCGAUCUGUUGUCUUGUUUACCUUAUGACAUCAUCAAUGCCUUUGAAAAUGUGGAUGAGGGAAUCAGCAGUCUCUUCAGUUCUUUAAAAGUGGUGCGUCUCUUGCGACUGGGCCGUGUUGCUAGGAAAUUGGACCAUUACCUGGAGUAUGGAGCUGCAGUCCUCGUGCUCCUGGUGUGUGUGUUUGGACUAGUUGCCCACUGGCUGGCCUGCAUAUGGUACAGCAUCGGGGACUACGAGGUCAUCGAUGAAGUGACCAACACCAUCCAAAUAGACAGUUGGCUCUACCAGCUGGCCUUGAGCAUUGGGACUCCGUAUCGCUAUAACACCAGUGCAGGGAUAUGGGAAGGAGGACCCAGCAAGGAUUCUCUGUACGUGUCCUCUCUCUACUUUACCAUGACAAGCCUUACAACCAUAGGAUUUGGAAACAUAGCUCCUACCACAGACGUGGAGAAGAUGUUUUCAGUGGCCAUGAUGAUGGUUGGCUCUCUUCUUUAUGCAACUAUUUUUGGAAAUGUUACCACAAUUUUCCAGCAAAUGUAUGCCAACACCAACCGAUACCAUGAGAUGCUGAAUAAUGUACGGGACUUCCUGAAACUGUAUCAGGUCCCCAAAGGCCUCAGUGAACGAGUCAUGGAUUACAUUGUCUCAACAUGGUCCAUGUCAAAAGGCAUUGACACAGAGAAGGUUCUCUCCAUCUGCCCCAAGGACAUGCGAGCUGAUAUCUGUGUUCAUCUAAAUCGGAAGGUUUUUAAUGAACACCCUGCUUUUCGAUUGGCCAGCGAUGGGUGUCUACGAGCCUUGGCAGUGGAGUUCCAAACUAUUCACUGUGCUCCUGGAGACCUCAUUUACCAUGCUGGAGAAAGUGUGGAUGCCCUCUGCUUCGUGGUGUCGGGAUCCUUGGAAGUCAUCCAGGACGAUGAGGUGGUGGCUAUUUUAGGGAAAGGGGAUGUAUUUGGAGACAUCUUCUGGAAGGAAACCACACUUGCUCACGCGUGUGCCAAUGUCCGAGCGCUGACAUACUGUGACCUCCACAUCAUCAAGCGAGAAGCCUUGCUCAAAGUCCUGGACUUCUACACAGCUUUUGCAAACUCGUUCUCAAGGAAUCUCACUCUCACCUGCAAUCUACGGAAACGGAUCAUUUUCCGAAAAAUCAGUGACGUGAAGAAAGAGGAAGAGGAGCGCCUCAGGCAGAAGAAUGAGGUCACCCUCAGCAUCCCCGUAGACCACCCCGUCCGAAAGCUCUUCCAAAAGUUCAAGCAGCAGAAGGAGCUGCGGAAUCAGGGGUCAACACAGAGCGACCCCGAGCGCAACCAGCUCCAGGUAGAAAGCCGCUCCUUACAGAACGGAGCCUCUAUCACCGGCACCAGCGUGGUCACCGUGUCACAGAUCACACCCAUCCAGACAUCUCUGGCCUACGUGAAAACCAGCGAGUCCCUCAAGCAAAACAACCGCGAUGCCAUGGAACUCAAGCCCAAUGGCGGUGCUGACCCCAAAUGUCUCAAAGUCAACAGCCCCAUAAGGAUGAAGAAUGGAAAUGGGAAGGGAUGGCUGCGACUCAAGAAUAACAUGGGAGCACAUGAGGAGAAGAAGGAAGACUGGAAUAACGUCACGAAAGCGGAGUCCAUGGGGUUAUUGUCAGAGGACCCCAAGGGCAGCGAUUCAGAGAACAGCGUUACCAAAAACCCGCUAAGGAAAACAGAUUCUUGUGACAGUGGGAUUACAAAAAGUGACCUUCGUCUGGAUAAGGCCGGAGAGGCCCGAAGUCCGCUGGAGCACAGCCCUGUUCAGGCUGAUGCCAAGCACCCCUUUUACCCCAUCCCAGAACAGGCCUUACAAACCACACUGCAGGAAGUCAAACAUGAACUCAAAGAGGACAUCCAGCUGCUAAGCGGCAGAAUGACUGCCCUGGAAAAGCAAGUGGCAGAAAUUUUAAAAAUACUCUCAGAGAAAAGCGUGCCCCAGACCUCUUCUCCCAAGUCCCAGAUGCCACUCCAAGUACCUUCCCAAAUACCAUGUCAGGAUAUUUUUAGUGUUUCAAGGCCUGAGUCACCUGAAUCUGACAAAGAUGAAAUCCACUUUUAA